AUGAGCGAUUCAAUACCGCUGAAGAUUAAUUGCUUCCAUUCCGGUGUGUUCAAAUAUGAUGAAGAUGGGAAGCUAAAUUAUGUCGAUGGUUUUAUGGAUCAGUUCGAAGUCAAUGGUGAUGAAGUUUUUGAAGAAUUCCUGAAGAUCAUGGUUCUAAAAGUUAGUGUGGGGAGAAUGUGGUACAAGUUACCGUAUGAGGAUAUCUCAGAGAAGAAGGAGUUGCUUGAGAAUGGAGAGAAAAACAAAAAGAGGAUGGCUUCUAAUGGUCGUUAUUAUGGGGAGCUUGAUGUCUUCAUAGAGAAACCUGAAACUAGUGAAGACGAUGAGGUUGAUGCUGAGCUACAGAACGACGAGGUUAAUGGUAGAGAGACUGCAAGGACUGAGCUACAAAAUGACGAGGUUGAUGGUAGAGAGGUUGAUGCUGAGCUACAAAACGACGAGGUUGAUGGUGAUGAUGAAGCAGAAGAGAGUGAAGAUGAGUAUCAAGCGAGUGAUAAAUCUGAUGAUGAAGAGGAUCUUGACAGAAAUUUUGAAGAGGAUCUUGAGAUGUUUAGGGAUGAGAACUAUGACGAUGAGAUUGUAGACGAUGAUGAGGUAUAUCCUGACACGGAACAGUCAUCUGAUGAUGAAGAGGAACAAGCUGAGAGGAUGGCUAAUAGGGGUGAAUUAGAUGGCGUUUUUAGUCUUAGGCAGACCUUUUACAGUGGUGAAGAGUUCAAGAAGCAAGUGAUCAAGUAUAUUCUGCAGUCAAGAAGAAAUGUAGUCUAUGACAGAUGGGAGAAGACAAAGAUUGGUGCUAAAUGCAGUGGUAGAGGUUGUGUGUGGCGUAUAUACUGCUCAGUAGAGAGACCCAUUCAGAAAUGGAUGGUGAAAGUGUACGUUAACACACAUACUUGCCAUCCCACAGGUAAGUGUAAACUCAUCAAAAGCCCUGCCAUUGCUGAAGUUAUGUUGGAGAAAAUCAGGAAGGAACCUGAAAUGAGUGCUCCAAUGAUUAGAGAAGAGUUUAGGGAGAAGUACAACAUCAUUAUCUCCCCCGAGCAGGCAAAGAUUGCUAGGCGUAUUGUUCUUGAUAAGCUACAGGCCGAAUGCAAUGAACAUUUUGCAAGGCUAAGAGACUAUGAGAUGGAACUAUUACGCUCAAAUCCUGAUAGCAAAAUAGAGAUCAAUACAACAACGAAACCAAAUGGAGAGAAAGCAUUCCACUCCAUGUAUAUCUGUUUUGACAAAAUCCGCGUGGCAUGGAAGGAGUAUUGCAGGCCGGUUAUUGGAUUAGAUGGGACAUUCCUCAAGCACAGCUCUCUGCAAGGACUGAUUCUUACCGCGAUAGGAAGGGAUCCCAAUAACCAGAUAUACCCAAUAGCAUGGGCUGUGGUCGACUCUGAGAGCAAUGAUAAUUGGCAAUGGUUCAUUCACAGGUUGAAGAUUGAUUUGGGUUUAGGCGAGGGUGAUCUUGUGACAAUCAUAUCAGAUCAGCAUAGGGGAUUGAUUCAUGGAGUUGUUGUCGAGUUGCCAAAAGCUGAACAUAGAGCUUGUGCUAGGCACAUCUACUCUAAUCUGAAGAAGAAUCAUAAGUCUGAUACACUGAAGCCUCUCUUCUGGCGCAUUGCAAGUAGCUACAACGAGGGUGACUAUGAGAGGAGUUUGGACGUUUUCAAAAAGUUGGAUCCGCUAGCAGCUGAAGAACUUAUGAAGAAAGAUCGUUCUACUUGGUGCAGGGCUUUUUUCCGGAUAGGUUCGUGUUGUUCUGAUACACACAACAACUUCACAGGAGUCUUUCAAUAG